AUGUCGUCGACUGCGCUAGGACUGCAAUCCGAAGAGGCCCGUCUCCUCGAAGAAGCUCGCGCGGUGGUUAAGCAGCAAACACGCUUGAUGCUGAAAUGUCUGGAAACACCGGGAAAGCUCAUGGAUGCGCUGAAGUGCAGCUCGACAUUGGUAUCGGAACUCCGAACGAGCAGUUUAGGUCCCAAAAUGUACUACGAGCUCUACAUGGAUGUUUUUGAUGCGCUUCGGCACUUGUCGGCAUUUUUGAGAGAGAGCCAUCCUGUGAACCAUUUGGCGGAUCUGUACGAGCUAGUGCAGUAUGCAGGGAAUAUUAUUCCGCGGUUGUACCUGAUGAUUACAGUCGGAACGGUCUACAUGAGCAUCGAAGAUGCGCCGGUGAAAGAGAUUAUGAAGGAUAUGAUGGAAAUGAGCAGGGGUGUUCAGCAUCCUAUUCGUGGUCUAUUUCUGCGAUAUUACCUUUCAGGACAGGCGAGGGAACAUCUACCUACCGGGCUUGGAGAUGGGCCGGAAGGAAACCUCACCGAUUCGAUAUCAUUCGUUCUCAACAACUUCGUGGAGAUGAACAAGCUAUGGGUCAGAUUACAGCACCAAGGGCAUUCUAGGGAACGAGAAAAGAGAUCGCAGGAGCGAAAGGAGCUACAAUUACUUGUCGGAAGCAAUUUGGUCAGACUGAGCCAAUUGGUCGAUUUGGAGGCGUAUAAGAAGACAAUUCUAGCGCCUUUAUUAGAGCAGGUUGUGCAGUGUCGAGACAAGCUGGCACAAGAGUAUCUCUUGGAGGUUAUAAUACAAGUCUUCCCGGACGAAUUCCACUUGCACACACUCAACGAAUUCCUAUCUGCGACGGCGAAAUUGAACCCAGAUGUCAACAUCAAAUCGAUCAUUAUCGCGUUAAUGGAUCGGUUAUCGACUUAUGCGGCUAGGGAUGCAAACUCGGAGUCUUCUGACGAUCGAAAGGCCAAAGAAGUGGCUGCUGUUGAAGCAUUGGUAGAAAAGCUCAAGCUGGAAAAGGAUAAUAAACCAGAACCAGUUCCAGUGCCUGCGCCUGCAGCGGAUGUCGCCCCUCCGGAUACGGAAAGCGAUUCUAAACCUGCUGAUGGAGCGGAUAGCCCGAGCCCCAAGGAGGACGGGGCUGAAGAAGCACCAAAAGAGGUAACAGCAGACGGAGAAGAUGAAGAAGGGCCGAUAUUAUCAAGGAUAAAACUCUACGAGAUUUUCUAUGCCCAAGUGGUAAACUUGGCAAAUGCACAAAUGCUCCCAAUACAGGAUAUCACGGCUUUGUUGGUAUCCUUAGCCAACCUUGCAUUGAACAUUUACCCCGAGAACCUUGAGUACGUCGACCAGGUUCUCGAGUAUACCCACCAGAAGGUCAAGGAGCUAUCGAGUUCGGCAGACCUUCAUCUUCUUGCUACCCAGCAGAAUAUUCUCGGGGUUCUACUUGCACCUCUGGGUUCUUAUGUCUCUUUGUUUACCGUUCUUGCGCUGCCAAACUACAUUCCCUUGCUUCAAGCACAAUCAUACCAAACGAGGCGUGCUGUUGCUUCAUCGGUAACCAAAACCAUCCUCUCUAGCUCAGUCAAAAUUUCGACAGAAGAGCAUGUUCGAGGUGUCCUCGACCUCGUUCAAGUCCUAAUCAAGGAAGCGGCCCCUCAACAAGCAAUAUACCCUGGAACCCAGCAGCGACGGCUCCGAGAAACGGACAGCGAGGAAGUUGUCGAGGAGCAAGGCUGGCUUGCACGGUUGGUCCAUGUCAUCCAAAGUGACGAUAACGACGUUCAGUACAAGCUUCUCCAGGCCACCCAGAAAGCUUUUGCAGAAGGUGGUGAUAGAGUCAAGUAUACUACCCCAGCGCUGAUAACUGCCUGUGUCAAGCUCGCACGAAGACUCAAAACUAGAGAACACUUUGACGACGAAUGGCAGUCCAAGAGUCAGUCGCUAUACAAAUUUGCGCAUCAGAUGCUAAGUAGCCUAUACACCCGCGUCAACUGCGCAGAUCUUUGCCUUAGGCUUUUCGUCAUGUGCGGCCAAAUUGCAGACCAAGGUAGCAGUUUCGAGGAAGCAGCCUACGAAUUCUUUGCACAAGCGUUUACUAUAUAUGAAGAAGCGAUAUCAGACUCUAGAGCUCAAUUCCAAGCUGUCUGCGUCAUUUCGGGGGCCCUGCAUUCGACGAGGAACUUUUCCAAGGAGAAUUAUGAUACACUGAUUACCAAGUGCGCAUUACAUGGAUCAAAGUUGCUGAAGAAACCGGAUCAGUGCCGUGCCGUUUAUUUGGCAAGUCAUUUGUGGUGGGCUGUUGAGAUUCCAGCAAGAGAGGAAGAGGACGGAAAGACACUUUACCGAGAUGGAAAGCGUGUUCUGGAGUGCUUGCAGCGAGCGCUCAGAGUCGCAGAUGCUUGCAUGGAUGCUGCCGUAUCGAUCGAGCUUUUUGUCGAAAUUCUGAAUCGAUAUGUGUAUUACUUCGACCAGCAGAACGAAGCAGUCACUGUCAGAUAUAUCAACGGUCUCAUCGAGUUGAUUCAUUCAAAUUUGGCCAAUAACUCUGACUCGGCGGCGAACGAGAGCCCAAAGGCUCAUUUUGAGCGAACUUUGGAGUACAUCUCGUCAAGGGAUUACGAAGGGGUCAUCACCGACAUGAAGGGUUGA